UGACGUCACUCCUGCUGGAGUCGGUGUAACAGUGUUGCGGAUUGAUGAUUGUUUCGCCGGUUGGAUUAACAGCGAUCAGGGAGAUGUCGUACUGCAAACAGGAAGGUAAAGAUCACAUCAUCUUUGUGACUAAAGAAGAUCAUGAAGCGCCCAGUAACGCUGAGCUUAUUGAAGAUGACCCGACUGAUCCAUAUGAGGACCAAGGUCUGAUCUUACCCAACGGAGAAAUAAACUGGAACUGCCCGUGUCUGGGUGGCAUGGCGAGCGGCAAGUGUGGGCAGCAGUUCAAGGAAGCCUUUUCUUGUUUCCACUAUAGCAAGGAGGAAAUAAAGGGGUCAGAAUGUGUGGAAAACUUCCGGAGUAUGCAGGAGUGUAUGCAGAAAUACCCUGAGCUGUACCCGCAGGAGAACGAUCCUGCAUCCUCUUUAACUGACUCUUCAUCAGCAGCCACAGAACAGCCAGCAGCGAGCUAAUAUCAGCCAUGAUUGAUCACUGAGAAUGUUCCAGAACAGACGUCUGAACAUCUGGAGGAAGCACUUCAGGGUUUCUCUUUGAGAGAUUCAAAUGACAUUGUUAACAGCACUUGAGGGAUCAAUAAAUAGGAAGAUUUCAGGAACGGCAUGAAGCAUCAGUGUGAUCAUUAGAGCUCCUCAACAGAAGCUAAACUUGUUUGUCUUGUCAUCUGUAUUUAAAAGCACUCUUCUCAGAUGUGUUUGAACAUGUGGUGUCAUGAGUGAGUAAAGCAGCAGCUGAUGUCACAUGAUCAAUACAUCACUUCUCUCUUCAGAACAGCGUAUUGGACCAGCAUUGAUGAUUUCUGUUGUUAUGGAAACACACUGAUCCUGAAAUGUUUAAUUGAAUCAGUUCAAUGAUCAUGGAUUCAUCUGACCGGCUGUAUGGAGUGUCUGAAUGUUUGAAGCGGAUGAUCUUUGUGAUUUCUCUGUUUCUGGAAGAGGAAAACCAGAUUCCAGCUGUGUCACAUAUUCUAACAUUUUUCAGUUGUGUGAUUUGUAUAAAAUAAUUUUUAUAAAUACACUUGAGAAACGUUUGAGGUAAAAGUUUUAAAUGAAGAAGCCAAUAAAAUACAAAUCACCAAACUGUCCCACUUGCAUCAGAUGCUUUAAUAUUAAUGUGGGAUCGGUUGUUCCUCUGCCCCGUAUUCUUCAUUUUACAUUUACAUUUGGCAGACACUUUUAUCCAAAGUGACUUACAGAGCACUUAUUACAGGGACAAUCCCCCCGGAGCAACCUGGAGUUAAGUGUCUUACUCAAGGACACAAUGGUGGUGACUGUGGGGAUCCAACCAGCAACCUUCUGAUUACCAGUUAUGUGUUUAACCCACUACACCACCAUCACUCCCAUUAAAUGAGUCUCAUUAAGAUCGAUCACAUGUUCUGCUCAGAACUGGAGCAGGAAUUCAACAUUUAGUGGUUUUUGGAGAAUUGUUUCCAAACUGGGCUUGUUUUGACACAUUUCGGGCACACUUUUAAGAGCUCUGGCAUCAAGUGUUGUGUGACGAGGAGGAGGUGAUGCCAGUUCAUGAUGAUGCAUGGCGAGCAAGAUAAAGGAGAGCCGGAGGCACCGGUUCGAGAGAGAGAGAGAGAGCGGCCGCUCUGUAUACGUGUCUGUCUUUAU